GUCACAAUGACGUCAGGCAGCAGCGAAGCAAGACGCGAGGUGCACGUGAUCAUCGAACAUUUUAAAUCGCUGAAGUAAAGCUUCCGUUUUCUCUUUAAACAACCGACAGUUGUUAGAAAUUUCAUACUGUGGAAAUUGUCAACACACAGCCUUUUCUCAGUGGGCCUACAUUUAGAAAUUCUGUUAUUUUUAUUUUUUUUUCCUUGGUAUUUGUUUUUGUUCAGUUUCUUAACGUUGAAUCUUUCGUAUACGGAAUUCGAUUUUAGGUGUCAGCUUUUGUGUUGGUUCAUACGAAACAAGUGACAAGCUUUCAUUAGGAAAUCUAGUGAUUCAAUUUCAACCCUAACCCUCGUUUUUAGAUUUAAUCAAGAUUUUGAAAUUUUAUUGAAAGUAACGAGAAGACCAACCAGCUCAUGAUUCUUAGGAGUGAAUACGCUUUAUUGAGGAGAAGGCGGUCUAUAGAGACAAAUCAUAUUUACAAUUUGGACGAGGUCGCAGCUGAUGACGAAGAAAUAGAGAUAUAUUGGAAGUGUACCAGCAACUUAUGUAAAAAUGGGGCCAAAUGCUUUGAAAGAGGGCCAGAAUUGUGGUGUCGGUGUCCGAAAAGAUACACAGGAACGUGGUGUGAGAUAAAACGAGCUGGUCACGAAGGAUCAUGCACAUGUGAUGAUGGUACUAUGCGUAAACUUGCGAUUGCUUUCGUUAUCCUCUUUGUGUUGUUCCUGUUGUUCUUAAUAUUUGCAGCAUAUUUGUACAGAAGAAAACUGCCUUGUUGCAGAAAAAAAGAAAAGAGAGAAUGGUGCGAACCAAUACAACAAAGACUCGAGGAUGACUGGAGAAUCAAAGAACUAUUAAUUAAUGACACUUUGAGAGCUAGUAUGUCAAAUAUUCGGUCGGUGACGUCUUGUGAUGAACAAAAAUGCAAGCCCCGUGAGGAAGGAUGCAAAUCUGAAAGUCAAUCAUCCAUGGAAUCCUCUGUGAACAACGUUAGCCAGACAUCAGUACCCGGAAAGAAGACCAGGGGUUCAUAGAGACCCUGAAAAGUAAAGAUGGACCAUUAUUAUAUGUUGGCAUUGUUGCUAAAUAAACAGGAAAUAUAUUUGGUGA